AUGUCAAAACCCGCGUCAAAGAACGAGAUCAGAACCCCGUCCCACACCGUUCGAGUCGGUUUUACUGGCGAGGCCGGCGCUGAGGCCUUUGCGCGAUUGAACGGCGCGAAAGGUUUCAUUUCUCAUCACACAUCCAUCGCCACUUCAGGGAUGAACGGAGGAGCACCGUUCGAAAACCCGAUUCAAAUCACCUCUUACGGUUCCCAAGCAGACACUCUCAUUCCACGAAAUGUUUAUUCGAUGAACUGCAAGCUUAUCGGCACCAAUAACAAUACCGACGACCAACUUCAUUUUGAAAACAUCAAUCGUAUUAAUCUGGGCAACAUUGACAGAUUUGGUGAAUUUUUUGUCGGCGACCUUAUCGACAAGAUUCCAAUGAUAGCGCUUGGAAUUGUUUAUGGGCGAGACCUGAUCCAAGAUCCCGCUCACAAUGGUAAGAGCACUGUAGUCAUAACGCUGAAGCAUACGGAUUACGACCCAUUGACUCGAGGACAUGUGUCAUGGUUUACAAAACAUUUCAUCCCUCCUGCCCGGAACAUGGAGAAGGCGCAAAAUCUAUGUCAACUCGGUAGAGAAUUGCAAUUAACGGGCCACAUUAGAGAUUACGACGCCGAUCUUUUCAUGUGGGAGAAUGAGGUAACUGCGAUCAGCGUCUGCUACGGCGAAGUUCAACUAAACCUUCCCUCCCCUGCCAGAGGAGCCGGAGGUCCCAACGGUGGCCGUGUCCCAUUGUCACUCACCUCCGCAUCGCAAGUCACCGCCGUGAACGUCAGCAAACCCUCUUCCGAAAACGAAGUUCCAUUGUUUAAUGGCGACGUUGAUCCUGCUGACGUAGCCGACGAAGGAGAAGAAGGUUCCGAACCACUCGCCGAGAUGUCGAACAAAUCUCUCGGUAAACGUCCUCGCCGUGGUUGA